GUUAUCAAUCGGUGCGCGGUUAGGAGCGCCUAUAUAGGCCCGCGAGGACGCUGCCUUCCUUAGUUCUUCGCCCGGGAAGGAGUCGGCUCUUCCCCGAGAUGUUGCGUGUCCAGGUGGUACCAGGCUUCCUGGCCACGGUCCUCCUGGCUCUGUUGGGAGUCGCGGACGCCAUCGACACCGACUGCGAUUACUACCAGAGGUUGGAACUCGGCAAGACGUACUACGUCUUCAAUCCUGACUAUCCUGACAACUACUCGGGCCCGAAAUCCUGCAGAUGGAGGGUCACGAGUCCAACGCGAGUUCGACUGAGCUGCCAGGAGUUCGAGUUACCGGCUACCCGCGACUGCAGCGGUGACCGGUUCACGGUGGAGAUCCCGGGCUCGGAGGACCACCAUUACUGCGGUCGAGGAAAUUUCGCCCUGGAGUCUAUGGGGCCCGGCCUGGCGGUGCUCCUGAGGAUCGUGUCCGGGUCACCUGGGGGUCGGUUCCUCUGCACCCUGCAGGCCACGCAGGACGACGGGGAGAACUGCGAGUGCGGCUGGACGAAACAGACGAAGAUCGUCGGGGGAGAACAGACCGGCGUGAACGAGUACCCGAUGAUGGCCGGCAUGGUGAACUCGGUGCAGCGGCUUCUAUACUGCGGAGCGACCAUCAUCUCCAACAGGCACGUCAUCACGGCGGCGCACUGCGUCGCUGGAAGACCCUUCAACCAGCUGGCCGUCCUGGUGGGUGAUCACGACCUAACGACCGGAGCCGAAACGAACGCCUCGAAGUUGCUGAGGGUGGCCAGCUACCUGGUGCACCCCGAGUACCAAAGCGCCUCGCUGGCGAACGACAUCGCCGUCGUGACCGUGGCCGAGAACAUCGUCUUCAGUAACGAGGUCGGACCCGCCUGCCUCCCGUUCCACCACAAAUCGGACUCUUUCGGCGGCUCCAAGGUCGUCGUGCUGGGCUGGGGCACCACGGAGUUCGCGGGGGCGUCCUCGAACACUCUGCAGAAGGUAAUCCUGAACGUGACCUCGCUGCCGGUUUGUAGGAGAGACUUCCAGGAGGUCACCAGCAACCAGAUCUGCACGUACUCGUCGGGGAAGGACUCUUGCCAGUUUGACAGCGGCGGCCCGGUGCUGUGGCAGGACCCUAGCUCAAUGAGGAUGGUCAGCGUGGGAAUUAUCAGCUAUGGAGGUAUCUGCGCCUCCGAGAAGCCGGGGGUCAACACUAGGGUCGGCGCUUAUCUCGAUUGGAUCUUAUCGGUGACACCUGGGAUGGAAUACUGCAGAGCGGAAUGAUCGCAGCGGAUCCGGACACUGAAAGACACGACCAUCGAUCGCCACGUGUGCGUUCACGGAUACAUCUGUGUGUGGAUGCUGAGGACAAAUGCGCUUUCCGCCCUUGCUGUGCCGAUUCCGCUCGCGGGUAAAUCACGUAAACGAGACAACGUUCAAUCCGACGUCGCUUAAACGCACCGUAAAUGGGGGAAAUGGACGCGACAAUGAAACAUGGACAUUGCUUGUUUAAUAAUAAGUGUUGACAAUCCGUUA